CAAGUUUAUCAGUCUGCCGCUCUAAAAGUCGGGCGUUGCCACCUUUGAGGCUGUCCAUGCCUUUUGAGACCCGACCUUGGACUGUUAUUAUUCACAUACUUCGAUAGCGGGGAGCAAGCAUUGAACAUGACGUGACUAUGUCUGGCCAACUUUCAUGAUAUCACCUAGCUGCCACACAUCGAUUCAAAGCCAUGGACGUUGUCACUGCAUCCUUCAGGCCGAGCAUUUACCACAGUCUGUGCCGACGAAGUGCUUCGAAGACGUGGAGGUUUCAGAAGAAACAAGCUGCCAACUGCCGGAGGAUCUCGCCUAAUGAUAAUAAACUUACUCGCUGUAUUCGGAGCGCAUUAACAACUGAUACCUCCAAUGCUGCACCAGCGAUGGAUCUACCUGCACUGACUGAUCAUUGGAAAGCAUCAUCGGUCUUGGUGGAGAGAGAUCUACUAAGUGAAACAGACCUUACUCCCAAGUUUCGAGAUAUCCAACGGAAUGAUGAAGAGGACGCUUUUUGGGACUACCAGUUUUUGUACAAAUCCCAACGCAACGAGGUGGACUCCAUUUCUCUUACCUUGGUAGAGGGGAGCAUCCCACCUCAACUAUCGGGUGUCUACUACUUGUGCGGUCCCGGAAUUCGGACAGAUGAUCAUGGUUCUCAAGUGCACCCUCUUGAUGGCCACGGUUACCUCCGAAAGUUUGUCAUUGAUGGCUCUAAUCCAGUCAUCUAUUCAGCAAAAUACGUUAAUAGCGAAGCCAGAAAAGAGGAAUAUGACGACGAAAGCAAAACAUGGAGAUUCCAGUACCGUGGUCCGUUUUCACAGCUGCGAGGCGGAGAUCGAUUUGGCAAUGUGAAGGUUAUGAAGAACGUGGCAAAUACCAGCGUCCUGAAAUGGGCUGGGAAACUAAUGUGUAUGUAUGAGGGAGGAAAUCCCUACGAGAUGGAUUCAAAAACACUCCAGACGUUGGGCCUUUUCAAUGUAAGCGAGUUGAGUUAUAUGGAUACCAAUUUCGUUGGGAAGCACACAUGGAGCGCCAUAAAGGACACAUGCACCAACCUCGACGGUCUUGUUGGAUCAGCAAAGAGAGCAGCAGUAGAAUUGGUCGGAAUGCUUAUCCAACCCGUACUUAAGGGUGUAUUCGAAAUGCCCAAAGAACGGAUGCUCUCUCAUGUUAAGAUGGACGUCAAAAGGCAGAGACUUGUGGUGAUGACUUGUCGACGCGAGGAUAUGGUCCUUCCCAAAAGCACUUUCACAGUUUACGAGAUGGACCUUUCUAUGCAAGUUGUCCAAAGAAAGAGUUUCACUCUAGAUGAGCAGCUUAUGAUUCACGACUGGGGUCUCACAAACAACCACUAUGUGCUGCUUGCAAACAAAGUCAAACUCAACAGUCCAGCAAAUCUUUUAGAAUCCGUUGCUGGGAUGCAACCGAUGAUCAACUGCCUAGCUUUGGACGACGCUCUCCCGUACACACCCAUGUAUCUCCUGCCCAGGGAGAUAAACGUCACCAACAGUUCCAAGAGGAAUUGGAGAACCCCUGUCAAGGUCCCAGAGCGACUUUGGUUCGUACAUACUGCCAACUCUUUUGAAGAAACAGAUGAUCAUGGAAACCUCCGAAUUACUCUUGAUGGAACAGCAUGCUCCUAUGAUUGGUUUUCCCUAAGUAACAUGUUUGGGUAUAAAUGGCAGAAGAAAUGGCUUGACCCAACAAUGAUGAACAAAAUGAACGGAGGUGCAUCACACAGCAUGAAGAAUCCAGUCCAACUUAUCCGUGUGUCCACCCUGUUAUCCACUGAGGGCGAUGAAAUCGAAACCAAAUAUGAGAAGUUCGAGAACAAUACAUGUGCAUGUGAAUUUCCAGCCAUCCAUCCGGAAUUGUAUGGCUCAAAGAAUGAAUACACUUAUUUAGUGGGCGCCUCAGGACGCAGAAAAGCACUACCUUACUUUCCAUUUGACACGGUUUUAAAAAUUAGUGGUGACGCUCCAGAUGGAAAGAUCCAAUCAUGGUGGGCAGGACCAAGGAAUUUUGUGGGUGAACCUACCUUUAUUCCAAGAGCAGGAUCUGCACCACCUGGAAGCCCUGACUUCGUCGAAGACGAUGGUUACUUGAUUGUUGUACAGUAUUCUGCAGAGGAGGAAGUUUGUUACCUGGUAAUAUUGGAUGCGAGAAACAUCGGAAGCGAGAAUCCUGUUGUGGCCCGGUUACAGUUGCCUGCAAAAUAUGCCUUCCCAUACGGAUUCCAUGGACUUUGGACUGACGUGGAUAUUAAACGGACCUAAAAGGAUUAGUCAGGCUGCCGCACCCCUGCGUCCCAUAUGCGAGCAGAUCAGACACUCAUCACACCCGUAAAAGUGGAACAAGCUUCAUCGUCGACUGCAAUCAGGAGCUCAUGCAAUCAGGAGCCCAUGCAAUCGAAUUGUUAAUUCUAAAGUCUUUCUAAUUCAUGACAAUCACAUUGAAAACAGUUUAAGCAGGUGAAGCAGCAGAAUUCGCUUUUCUAUAUUUGCAAUAUUGCGAACACUUGCUGGUUACGAUAGAUGAUAAUUGAAAGUACAUAUUAACCGCAAAGAUGCUCAGUGUCUCCUUAAGCCAUGCACAGCAUUCCUUGUUUCGUAUCCUCCGCACUCAAUGUCCUUAAUCAACUGAGGAUGAACUUCACAUAAAAUUAAGACGGUCAGUCAUGUAGGACAUUUCGAUGCGUCCCUGGGUGGACUUUCAGGUUCUACCGGUACGUGGUGGGCCAUUCGCAAAACUCACCCUCCCUGUGGAAAACAGUUGUUGAAUCGAAGCGUAACUCCUUCGAAUUUCAAAAGGCAGACGAAAUCACCGAGUUCACAGACACAGCAGGAACGAUAGUGGGAAAAAUAAAACCUCGAUACAAGGGAAGUGUUAUCAAACACGAAUUGAUUAUCAGGAAGGGGAGCUUUUUGACUUCAAGUACUCCCGAAUCUCAA